AUGGAUAAUUACAUAAUUAUGUGUAUUAUGGUGGUGAUUAGCAUGAUGGUGAUUAGUUUAGUAGAUGCACAAACGGCUCCACCUUGUGCUGAUCAGAUAUUACCAUGCAUGGAUUACCUAAACUCCACUAACCCACCAGACAUUUGUUGCAAUCCAAUUCAAGAUAUGUAUCACACAUCCCAUGAAACAUGUUUCUGUCAACUUGCAACUCCUGGAUUACUUGAAGGUUUUGGUGUUCAGCUUCAUCAGGCUAUCCAAGUUGUUCAUGCUUGCGGUGUCGAGUUUGAUGUCACUUCCUGCAAAGCUUCUUCUCCAGCUUUUUCUCCUUCAUUGGUGACACCUCCAGCAACACUUGGAAGUGAUGAAGCAGGAGCAUAUAAGAUUAAAUUAAGUGGACUAUACUUCAUACCGUUGUUCAUUUGGGCAUGUGUGUUGUUUCAUUAA